GGACGACUCGUCGCUGCUGUCGCUGGCGCCGGCGCCGCCCCCCGCCGCCGCCGAGAAGGAGAAGGCGGCCAAGAGGGGCACAGGCCGCCCCCGCGGCCGUCCCCGAGGGGGCGGCGGCGACGAUGCCAGCCUGGCGUCGCUCGCCGAGAAGAGCAAGAAGGAGGGCAGACGGGACAGGUACGCCUUGCCCUUCCUGGUGGAGGACCCGAAGCCGUGCCGGGCUGGCAGUCGACCGCCGAAGAUCCUGCCCAGCGCGGCGAGAUCUCCAGCCGGCAGAGCGGCGAGAUCAGCAAGAUGGCGGCCAACCCUGGCCUGGACGGCUUGCCGCCCAUCGAGAAGAGCCAGCGGAAGGACUACGUGUGGGCGGCGAGGACGCACUCGCUGGAGGGCGACGACCGCCCCAUCUACACGUUCAAUCCCGACGAGAUGGUCCCCGUGAGGAACUACGAGCUGAAGGAGGAGAACGUGUGCGACGUGUGCGGGGGGGCCGCGACGGAGACGCUCUUCGAGUUUCGGUGCUUCAGGACGCGAGCGAGGGACCACCAGCCGUCGGGAUGCCGCCGCCUCCCCCCUCGUUCGGGCGCGCGGUUCUCGUACAUCUCGAAGAAGUGCGGCGCCGACCUGCUGGGGAAGCAGAGCCCGGAGUCCUCCUUCCGGGAGUCGGUGAUCCGCAUUAUCGCCUCGCCCAACGCGUCGGAGCAGCUGGAGCGCAUGUGGCAGACGGCGAGCCCCAAGGAGCGCCAGAUCUUGCAGAACGAGAUGAUCCGGGUGGCAGGGCUGGAGGCCGGAGCGCGCCCCGGUGCGGAGCUCGAGCUCCGCAAGGCCGAGGAGAGAACCGCCAGUGGCAGCUGGGCCGCCUGCGCCGCGAGCCGGAAGACCCGCUGCGCAUCCUGGCCCGGGCCACGUACCCGUCGCUCAUGGUGCGAGACCUCGCCGCGGUGACGGUGCACGUGUGCAGGGACAGCCUCGUCGAGGGGUCCUUCCUGGCCUCCGUGCAGAACUGCCUGCAGAACGGCCUUGCGAUCCCGGCCGCGCCGUCCGACUGGUCUCGCGAGGGCGUGGAGGAGGACCCUGCAGCACCUCGCGCGGGCGUGGGGGGUGCGCUUCACGCUGCACAGCCUCCUGCACGGCACGCGGGAGAUCCCCGCUGGCAGGUCCGACAACCCGCUUCCGCACAUAAGCAUCGUUUACCUGGACGGGUGCAAGGCGGAGCCGGCCUCCGCCCGGGCCCCCGCACCCUCCCACCCGAGCCGAAG